UUCGUCACCAUGUCGUGGCUUUUCAACCCUACUGGUGAACACCCACCUCGAGCGGAAGCACAACAACCGGAAGAAGAGAUGGCUGAAGAUUACUCCGGUCGAAAGGUGUCGACCAGGACUGCUAACCAGCCUUUUCUCGCUUACACGCGCUACAGACAGGAGCAGAAGCGCCUUCAUGAAGAGUGGUUAGAGCGCAAGAAACAGCGUGAAGAGAAGAUAGCGAGAGGUGAAGAAGUUGGCCCUGAAGAAAAGGAUCCCACAGCCCAGGAAGAGGUCGGAUUGCUCGGACUGCUUAAGUUCAUCGUCUAUUGCCUCCUCUUCCUUGCCCUUGUCGGGAAGUUCUUCACCGGAAGCUUCCUUUUUGAUUACGAGGCAAAGCUUCCGGCCUUGAAGAAGCUCUGGCCAACGAACGAUCGUCUCUUUUCGGAGGAGGGUCUCUCAAAAUUCGAUGGAACUGACAAGACUAAACCAAUCUAUCUCGCCAUUGAUGGCAUUGUGUAUGAUGUCACCGAGGGUCGACGAACCUAUGGUCCAGGCGGUUCAUAUAACUUUAUGGCAGGCCACGACGCUGCGAGAGCAUUUGCUACAGGAUGUUUUGCAACUCACAGAACGCACGACAUCAGAGGUCUCAGCGAGCGAGAAUUAAAGGCUCGUCCCCAUACUUGCCUUGAACAUUGGAAGAACUUCUUUGCUAAUCACAAGAAAUAUUUCAAGGUUGGGCGAGUAUUACACCAUCCAAUAGACCCACUGAGCCCCAUUCCUGAGCCAUGCAAAGAAGAAAAGCCAAAGGCUGGGAAUAAUGAAAAGCCGAAGGACGAAGGAGGAUCCACGAAGUCAGAUACACGCUCCGCACACACAGAGCUAUGA